AAGCAUUAAAACCACAAACAACAACAUGGUGGUUCAGUCCAUUUUCUUUGCAAGAAAAAGCCUUCCUUUCCGUGCCGCCGUUGCUGUUUGCCCUCCUCCUCCGGCUGUCUGCGACGGCGAGCCAUAAACAUUCCCUGGGCUUUGCUCUCUCCUUCAGCAAGAUGCUCGCUCGGAAAUAUCCGCUCCUUCCCCCCACCUGCUCGGUCUGGAUGGUACAGUCUGCAGAGGGACUCCUGUAAUGUAGCUCAGUUUGUCAAUCCCUUACAGAUGCCGAACAGUGAUUACUCCGCUGUAUAAUUGAAAUAAUUUUGGAUUUGUGAUGAUAGCUUAACCAAGUCUGAAGGAAGCGAUGAUCAUGUAGAUGCCAACAGCCUGGGUGCAGCAUAAUGGGAAACGGUGAAUGGGGUGGAACUGGUCUGCAACCUUGAAAGCAGCCAUUCUGUGGACAGAGACACAUCAGUCAUUCCUCGCUUUCUCAACUGUUACUACUGGCGGCAUAAAGUGGAUUCGUUCUACUGUUUAGGCCGGAACUUGAGUUUCCACCCUUGCAAAUUUUCGAGCUGCAUACAGUGCAGUGUGGAGCAAUACCAUCAGCAACAAUGGGUGACAUGACAAAUAGCGAUUUUUAUUCAAAGAACCAAAGAAAUGAGGCCAAUCAUGCAGGAGAAUUUGGGUGCACGCUUCUGGAUCUGCGCUCCCUCAUGGAACUUCGAGGAACAGAAGCAGUAGUAAAAAUUAAAGAGACAUAUGGGGACACUGAGGGCCUCUGCAGACACUUGAGAACAUCGCCAACAGAAGGAUUGCCUGGCACUGCUGCUGACUUAGAUAAAAGAAAGCUAAUUUUUGGGAAAAACUUUAUACCUCCAAAGAAGCCAAAAACUUUCUUACAGUUAGUCUGGGAAGCGUUACAGGAUGUGACUCUUAUCAUUUUGGAAAUAGCAGCCAUCAUAUCUCUUGGGCUCUCAUUUUACCACCCACCUGGAGAGGAAAAUGAAGCCUGUGCUACUGCAUCAGGAGGAGCUGAAGAUGAAGGAGAGGCAGAAGCUGGUUGGAUCGAAGGUGCUGCCAUUCUGCUCUCUGUUAUUUGUGUGGUACUUGUCACUGCCUUUAAUGACUGGAGCAAAGAGAAGCAAUUCCGUGGGCUUCAAAGUCGUAUUGAGCAAGAACAGAAGUUUACUGUGGUCCGGGGUGGACAAGUUAUUCAAAUCCCAGUAGCAGAGAUAGUAGUUGGUGACGUUGCACAGAUAAAAUAUGGUGACCUUCUACCUGCUGAUGGGGUGUAUAUUCAAGGAAAUGACCUUAAGAUUGAUGAAAGCUCUUUAACUGGAGAAUCAGAUCAAGUCCGCAAAUCUGUUGACAAAGAUCCAAUGCUGCUUUCGGGUACACAUGUCAUGGAAGGUUCUGGAAGAAUGGUUGUUACUGCUGUAGGAGUUAAUUCUCAAACAGGGAUCAUCUUUACUCUGCUAGGCGCUGGUGAAGACGAGGAGAAGAAAGAUAAGAAAGUAGAUUCUUCCCAUACCUCCUUCCAUCCUCCUUCAACUACAGAUGGGGCAGCAGGUGCAAAUGCCACAGAUAAUGCAAAUGCCAGCUUAGUCAAUGGCAAAAUGCAGGAUGGGAAUAUGGAGAACAACCAGAAUAAAGCCAAACAGCAGGAUGGUGCUGCUGCAAUGGAGAUGCAGCCACUGAAGAGUGCUGAAGGUGGAGAUGGAGACGAUAAAGACAAGAGGAAAGCCAACAUGCAUAAGAAAGAAAAAUCUGUCCUCCAAGGGAAGCUGACUAAAUUGGCUGUCCAGAUAGGGAAAGCAGGUUUGGUGAUGUCUGCCAUCACUGUCAUCAUCUUAGUAUUAUACUUCACUGUUGAAAACUUCGUAGUCAGCAAGAAGCCAUGGCUGCCUGAAUGCACACCUAUCUAUGUUCAGUAUUUUGUUAAGUUCUUCAUAAUUGGUGUUACCGUGCUUGUAGUUGCUGUUCCAGAAGGACUUCCACUUGCAGUUACUAUUUCCCUCGCUUACUCUGUAAAGAAAAUGAUGAAAGAUAACAAUCUGGUCCGUCAUUUGGAUGCGUGUGAGACGAUGGGUAAUGCUACAGCCAUCUGCUCUGAUAAAACAGGGACGUUAACCACCAACCGGAUGACAGUAGUACAAGCGUACAUUGGAGAUACCCAUUACAAAGAGAUCCCUGACCCAGAUUCCAUUCCAGCCAAAAUUCUGGAUUUGCUGGUUAAUGCAAUUGCCAUCAACAGCGCUUACACUUCAAAAGUUCUGCCACCAGACAAGGAUGGUGGUCUACCUCGCCAGGUUGGCAACAAGACAGAGUGUGGAUUGCUGGGGUUUGUCUUGGACCUAAAGCAGGAUUACCAGCCUGCCCGGAAUCAAAUACCUGAAGAGAAGCUCUACAAAGUGUACACAUUUAACUCUGUGAGAAAAUCAAUGAGUACUGUCAUCAAAAUGCCAGAUGAAAGUUUCCGAAUGUACAGCAAAGGAGCUUCUGAAAUUGUCCUAAAGAAGUGUUCUAAGAUUCUUAAUUCAGCUGGCGAGCCUCGCAUCUUCAGACCUCGUGAUCGGGAUGAGAUGGUAAAGAAAGUGAUUGAACCUAUGGCCUGUGAUGGAUUGAGAACUAUCUGUGUUGCUUAUCGAGACUUCCCCAGCAGCCCUGAACCAGACUGGGAGGAUGAAAACGACAUUCUAUCUGACCUGACCUGCAUUUGUGUGGUUGGCAUAGAAGACCCUGUAAGACCAGAGGUCCCAGAAGCCAUAAGAAAGUGUCAGCGAGCAGGAAUUACAGUCCGUAUGGUCACAGGGGACAACAUCAAUACAGCUCGUGCUAUUGCAAUAAAGUGUGGGAUAAUUCACCCUGGAGAAGAUUUCCUCUGCAUUGAGGGGAAGGAGUUUAACCGAAGGAUCCGAAAUGAGAAAGGAGAUAUUGAACAGGAACGCAUUGACAAGAUAUGGCCAAAACUUCGUGUCCUUGCUCGUUCAUCUCCCACUGAUAAGCACACUUUAGUCAAAGGUAUUAUUGACAGCACUCAAGUGGAGCAGAGGCAGGUUGUAGCAGUGACUGGUGAUGGAACUAAUGAUGGACCGGCACUUAAGAAAGCUGAUGUUGGCUUUGCAAUGGGUAUUGCAGGAACUGAUGUCGCAAAGGAAGCCUCAGAUAUUAUCCUGACCGACGAUAACUUUAGUAGCAUUGUGAAAGCUGUAAUGUGGGGUCGUAAUGUCUAUGACAGUAUUUCCAAGUUCCUGCAGUUCCAGCUCACAGUAAAUGUAGUGGCCGUAAUCGUUGCUUUCACUGGAGCUUGCAUUACCCAGGACUCUCCUUUAAAAGCUGUACAGAUGCUAUGGGUCAAUCUGAUCAUGGACACCUUUGCCUCUCUUGCUCUGGCUACGGAACCUCCUACAGAGUCGUUGCUCCUAAGGAAACCAUACGGCCGAAACAAGCCUCUUAUCUCCCGUACUAUGAUGAAGAACAUUUUGGGCCAUGCUGUGUAUCAGCUCACUCUCAUUUUUACCCUCCUUUUUGUUGGUGAAAAAAUGUUCAAGAUUGACAGUGGCAGGAAUGCACCACUCCACUCUCCGCCUUCUGAGCACUACACUAUCAUCUUCAAUACCUUUGUUAUGAUGCAGCUGUUCAAUGAAAUCAACGCACGCAAAAUCCAUGGUGAAAGGAAUGUUUUUGAUGGCAUCUUUAGAAACCCUAUAUUUUGCACUAUUGUACUGGGCACAUUUGUUGUGCAGAUAGUAAUUGUACAGUUUGGUGGUAAACCUUUUAGCUGUUCCCCUUUGGAGCUUGACCAGUGGAUGUGGUGUGUGUUUAUUGGAUUAGGUGAACUUGUAUGGGGUCAGAUCAUUGCAACUAUCCCAACGAGUAGGCUAAAAUUUUUAAAGGAGGCAGGAGGUCUUACAUUAAAAGAAGAGGCGCCUGAAGAGGAGAUGAAUGAAGAUGUAGAAGAAAUUGACCAUGCAGAAAGAGAACUUCGGCGUGGGCAAAUCCUCUGGUUCCGAGGGCUCAAUAGAAUCCAGACCCAGAUCGAAGUAGUCAAUACUUUCAAGAGUGGCACUUCCUUUCAGGGGGCUCUCAGGAGACAAUCCUCCGUCACAAGCCAGAACCAGGAUAUCCGCGUCGUGAAGGCAUUCCGUAGCUCUCUCUAUGAAGGGUUAGAAAAACCAGAAUCUAGAACCUCCAUUCACAACUUUAUGACUCAUCCUGAAUUUAGGAUAGAAGAUUCCCAGCCCCAUAUCCCUCUCAUUGAUGACACAGAACUAGAAGAAGACCCUGCACUCAAGCAAAACCCAAGUCCACCGUCUUCACUGAACAAGAACAAUAGUGCUAUCGACAGUGGAAUAAACCUUACAACUGAUACAAGUAAAUCAGCUACCUCUUCUAGUCCAGGAAGCCCGAUCCAUAGCCUGGAGACAUCACUUUAGCUGAAAAUGUCACUGCAAAAAUAUUAAUAUAAAUAUAUACAUAGAGAGAUAUGUAUAAACAAUGCUGGCUGAGAAGCUGUUUGAACUCCGGUUCACUUUGAGAGAGGGGGGGACAGAACGAACCACUGAUCACGAUGGUUUUGGGGGAUUUACAUAUGGCUGAUUUACAUAUUCCCCUCUUGCUCCCCCCCCCC